AUGGCUGGACUUUCAUCCACCAGAUCAACAAAGAGAAAGUUGUCUGCUAGUGCUAAGGCUGCAGAACCUGUGUCCAGGUCCUCCAAAGUCACCUUUCUGAGCCCGUCUCUCCUCCUCUUGGAAAUCCCUUCUGACGCCGACACCAGCCUCCCAGUGUGGAAGGCAUUGAGAGCCGAGCAGGCUGACAUCACCUGGACCGUCAAGCCCUAUGGCCUCAGCAUUAAUAUAACACCUCUGACCUCUAAGAAAGGAAAGCAUUCUGCUCCCAGCAAGAGUGAAAGCUCUUCCAGCAUGCCCAUCACUCACACUCAGCAGCAUGUUGCAUCGCAGAGCAGCUCCUGUGUGCUGCUUACCUUCCCCCAAAACACACAGUCUGUGUCACACCCUCUAAGUCCUAUUCCAGCCACUUCACUUAUUGUCUCCUUGCCGGUCAUUAUCGCCCAGGCCCAGCAUACCAGUCAGCCUACUGCUCCUGUCAACAAAGGGUCCAUAUCCUCCACCCAAACGCCAAGUGGAACCCCUACCAAGCAAACCACCGAAACCCCAUCUAAAGUGCCUGUCUCAUUUCACACAAAAGGCUGCUCCACCAUCCAAAUCUGUGACGACUUCCUCCUUGGUUUGUGUUCUGCAGGGGAGAAGUGUAAGAUGCACCACACUCCCUAUCCCUUUCACUGGCAGCUGUGGUGUGUUGCCAACCGCCAGUGGGUGGACAUUUCUCCUAGCUCUCAGGUCUUGCUGGAGAGGAUGUACUGCGACGUCAAUAAGGAUGCCAUUUGCCUCAAAAAUGGGAAUGCACGCUACACUUUGAAAUUUGACUCAAUGGAACUGGAUGACUCUUCCGUGUAUGAUGGAGUCAGGCGACUAUCUAACACUAACAGUAAGAUCAAGAACCCUCAUUUUGCCAGCCAAUCGAAAAUCUACUGGUGGAACAUCAGUUGGCAAGAGUACAACACGAGCGUGGCCGCUACAUUGCUAAAAAAGAUGAGCGAGAAGGAGUCAGAGUGUUUCUUCAGUGUCGGCUCACAGAAGUAUAAGGUGGACUUCACUACCAUGACCCAGACCAACGUCGCCACAGGGUUCCAGAGAGGCGUUCGCUGCAGACCCGCCUACCACUCUCUGGAUUCUAUGAAACCUUACUUGCAGACAGGAGUCCUGCCUGACUCAGCGGAACCUGACAGUAAUCCUCCUGAGGCCAACUUUAGUGUAGAUCCUCUGGAGGAGUUCAGUUCCUGGUACCCUCCGGCGUGGUGUUGGGCUUCAGAGCAGGAUUACAGUCUAGUGGAUGUUCCUACAGGCACUCCGGCCUAUAAACGGGUUCAAGAAUUCUUCAAUGAGAGCAUGCCUGAGACAAAGGUGGACAUCAUCAGCAUCCAGCAGGUCCAGAACCUAUUCCACUGGGACAAGUACCAAAGGCAAAAGCUAUACAUGCAGAAGCAGCAUGGAAAGGCCACCGGGAGUUUAGAGCGACAUCUCUUCCAUGGGACCACCAAAGAGGCCUCAGAGGAGAUCUGCACCAGCAACUUUGACCCUCGAGUGGCCGGGGUUAACGGAGCUUCCCACGGUCAUGGCACAUACUUUGCCACCGCUGCCUCCCUCUCCCACAUGUUCUCAGCCCAGUUCGGGCCAGAUGAAGUUUGCCACAUGUUCCUUGCCAAAGUCCUGGUGGGAAAGGUAACUGUGGGUAAGAGCCACUACCGCCGUCCACCCAAGCUCACCUUCAAGAAGAAGCAGCAUCGUCUGUAUGACGCCUGUGUUGACAACGUGAACCUUCCCACCAUGUUUGUUGUUUUUGAUAGCUGUCAGUGCUACCCAUACUACCUAAUCAAAUAUAAAAACCUACCCAAAGAGAUAGACAUUUAA